AUGAUGAACCAUCUUAUCGGAGAGAGAGAUUGGUCAGCCCAAGAGGUCCUGCAUUUCUUGCUCGAUUUGCCUUUACAAGCAUCAAGUCGCGUCACGAUCACUAUGGACUGUCGACCUGAGACCGAUCAACCAGCUAACUUUGUGAAUGUUGAAGAUCAGGAUGACGAACCAGUCAGACGAGGCCUUUCUUCCCUUGAGAAAUACAAAAGACGUGCAACUCCGCAGAGAGUGAUUAAUUACUUUCCUAUCUAUGACGCUGAAAAGCAACCUGAAGAUUUUGCUCGAGUCAAGCUUAUGCUUUAUCACCCUUUUCGUGCUAUCGAGAAUGCGCUGGACUUUGAAGGUAUUUCAUUCACGUCGUAUAUGGAUGCUUACGCAUACUGUCAACUUUCAUGUUCUCACGAAGGUGAUCACUAUGGUGAGAAGCUUGUGCAGCCAGAGUCUACUCAUGAGGAAUCUGAUAAUGAAAAUGAUCUUACCAUUCCAGAUUCUUGGGAGGCCUUAGCUCGACAGCUUCCAAAUCGCGAUGAUGCUACUCGGGUAGAGGAUCCUGACCUUCUCGGCGAACGUACGAUUGACAGAGAAAUGGACUGGUCGACACAUAUUGGGACACAUGAUUACAUCCAGACAGACUUUUGGGCUCUAAUGAAAGAAGAUUUUCCUCGGCCUUCAAUUGUUGAUUCAUCUGCUUCGCCAGAAUCAUUAGAAACACAACAGCGCCAUCUAUACGACUUGGUUAUUCACCACUAUAAGCAGCAUCUUGCUGGACAAAACCCUUCACAAUUACUAGUCAAUGUUGAUGGAAGAGCUGGAACUGGCAAAUCUCAUGUCUUGAUGCUUAUUACCAGCGAUUUGGAGUGA